UGGUGCUGUACUAACAGACGAUAAUGGCGAAUUUGCAUCUCCUAGAUGGCCAUAUCAAUAUCCAUCAUUAUCAUUAUGUGAAUGGACUAUAAGAGCUCCUAAUGGAUGUACAAUAUAUCUCAGUUUCACGUCUAUAGAAUUAGAAGGGCAUAUAAAAAGAACUGUACUUCUGCAUAUGAUCGCGUAGAGGUUUUUGACGGUUCAACAAAGAAUUCUUCUAGGCUAGCAUCACUUUGUGGAAAAAAAAGAAUACAUGCAUAUAGGUCAUCACUAAAUGUGUUAUUCGUGACGUUUAUAUCUGACGACAGAGUACAAGAAAGGGGUUUUCAUGCGGUUUAUAAGUUCUUUUAUCCACCAACUUCUACAAUGGAAUCAACAACAGCUGAAGAUACAACCACUACUUCAACAGAAAAAAUGACAAAAGAACAAACUACAAGCGCAACUAUUACAACUGAAACAGUGGCAAAAAUUUUCCCAUUUAAUGCCUCACAUCUAUCAUUGAUAGCUAUGUUUGUAGAACCAAGACAUAAUAAUUCUCCUGUAGACAAAUCACAACAGUCACAGAUGUUGGAUCAAACAACAGAAUCAGAAAAUAUUGCUGUUACACAGAUGGACAAAGAUUUAACUUCAAGGAAUGUUCGACUAUGGCAUUCAAUAAUAAUAAUGAUAAUAAUAUUCAUAUUUAUUGUAACAGUGGUGGUUGUAACGUUAGUUGUUGUUUGCCGAUAUUAUAGGACCAGAGUACCAAAACGACGUAAAACAAGUAAUCUGCCUUUUAGUGAAGAAAGUGAAACUUUGUAUCGUCAUGAUAAUCACUUAAACGACAAUUUAGACAAGGGGUCAUCUGAAAGCAUCCAUCUUCCACAACCAAGCCCAAGUGGUCCACCUCCAGAUGUAACUUUUACAAACCCGAUGUACGAUAGAAAACAUGGUACUUCUUCGUCAACUUUAGCGUCAAGUACUUAUAUGGAAUAUACUAUAUAAUACAAAAAAGGUUUUAAAUGAAUGCUGUCAUUAACGUCGAUCCACAGAACUUUCAGUUGAAGACUUAUUCAAUAAAUGGAUAAGUUCAGGCUAAGGAGGUGGUGUUUAGUUGUGGACUCUGGACAUAACAUUUCCAAACUGGCCAUAAGUAUAGUUCAAUUCUUAUUGUUUGUUUGUAUAAUACACCUUCACGGGAUUUAGAUGAUUUUACAUUGAGGUAUAUAAAAAGACAUUAAAGCAAUAACCAUCUCUAUAGUUUGGUGGAAUACUACGAUGCAGAAUAUAAAAAAUGGUAACAUUAGUAAAACUGGAAUUGUGAAAACAGUUUCAUUCAUAGUUUACAAUCUCCUUUAA